UUGUGGGUCUACAGCAUGGUCAGCAAAUAGGCGAGCUGAAAGAAUUAAAUCUUGGUGGUAAGUUGACCAUCAUGGGACUCAAAAACGUAAGAAAUUCAGAGGACGCAAGAAGUGCCAAUUUAAACAAGAAGCAUAAUCUUCGUGCUCUGAGUUUGAAUUGGGACGAUGACAUCACGAAAGACAACUUACCAGAUAAUGUUGAAGAAAUUCUUGAUGGUCUCCAACCUCAUCCAAAUCUGAAGGAGUUGACCAUACGUUCCUAUCCAGGCUUGAAAUUUCCUAAUUUGAUGGAUAAUCUGUCUGCUCUAAAAUGCUUGGAGGUUCGUUGCUGUCCCAAUCUUGAACAUUUACCCAGAGGACUCAAAAAUCUCGUAACCCUAGAGAGACUAGAGUUAAGUAAUUGUGACAGCCUAACAUCCUUACCGGCGACAGGGUUACAAGGCUUGUCUUCCCUGACAUCAUUGUCCAUUAUCAACUGCAAGAAACUAAGUUGUUUAUCUGACGGAGUGAAAUACCUGACAGCUCUCCAGGAUUUGUACAUAAAUGGAUGUCCAGAGAUGAUGUCUUGGCCCGAAGACAUCCAACAUUUAAAUAGGCUUCGAAGUUUGAGAAUUUGGAGUUGCCCUAACCUGCUCUACUUGCCAGAUGGGCUGCGGUGCCUCCAUAAACUAAAAACACUGGAAAUUGAAGAUUGUCAACAUUUGGAAAGGCGCUGCAAGAAAGAUAUAGGCGAGGACUGGCCAAAGAUAGCUCACGUUCCUCAGAUUCUAAUCCAUCAUUUGAUUUGGAAUCCUCAUACGUGCUAGGUUUGCUCUUGGUAAAAGCAUCCGAGGGGGAAAUAUUGUACCUGAAGUUUGAGUAACUUCUAUAUCUCUCCCUUUCUCCUCCUAUAACUUCUUCAUUCUUCUUGAUCCCUCUCCCUUCUCUUCUCUCGCUUUAGAUUUGGUUGCUGCUUCUUAUUAAUCAUACUUCUCUCUCUCUAGUCUAUAUGCUUCAAUUGCUGCCUCCAAUGGAGACUUCUGGGUAGCCUUCGAGUCGGUGAAGAACUGGCAUGGGCUACGUUACGUCUCUUGUGAGUCAUUUGAGGGGCUUCUCUUCUCUGGUAUGUUUUCUGGGGAUCCAAAAUCUAUUGUGUGUGGACAGAUGUCCAAAGAGGUUAACUUCACUCCAUCAGGAUGGCAGAACCUCCUACAAUUUACAAUUUUUGAACUUGGUAUGAGGAAUCAAAAACUAUGGUACAGUACGUUGAUGCUCGAAGGCUUGAUCGGGUGUCACCGUCCUACAGUUCAAAUAAAGAACUUAAGAGUUGGUGGACUUGAAGAAGCUGAGACCAGUGAUUCUCAAGAGAAUUGAGAAUCAAAAGACUACCCAGUGAAAACCAUGGUUUCAAUGGCUCAAGAUAUCCUCACCGCUAGAACCCUUCUCGAUCAAGACGUCUCCAUCCUUCUCCAACUCUUCUGUCUCUGGGUCUGCAAGCAAUUUCACUCCACCUCCCUCUCUCUCUCUCUGAAUAUCUAUACGUGUUUAUUUUGAAUUUGGUUCCUGCGUAUUUGUUGAAUUAUGUGUACUAAUAGUGAAAAUUGUUUCUUGGCUGUAAAUUGAUUUGGACUUGUGGUACGUGGUUGCUUGUAUUAUAGUGCUAAAAUGGAGGCACAAAAUAUUGUGUUGAGAUUUGAAUUGGUUAUAUGAUUUUGUUGUUCGCUGGGCUCCUAACGAUCUCAUAUACUAGCAAGUUUGGAAAAAAAUAUGUGGGAGCUCUAAGAAUGGCAG